UCAGGCUAUGCAAUCACAUUGUACCGUAUGGAAGAUUAUUGUGGGAAAAAAUCCUCUGCAGAAGGGUCGUCGCUGGAGCCCUUGAGACAUGCGGCAAGUCUGAAUCCCGAUGAUCCUUUUGUUGUGCCUGUCUUUGCAGUGAAACUGCAGGAAGUUGGUCAAGCUGAAGAAGGGGAAAAGUAUAUUAAGGAAGCCCUUGAAAAAAAUCCAGACGUUCCCUAUGUACUGAGGUAUGCUGCCAAAUUUUACAGGAAAAAUGGCGAUGUCAUUAAAUCCCUGGAGCUUUUGAAGAAGGCACUAGGGUUGACACCAAACUCCAGCUUUCUGCAUCAUCAGAUUGGCCUUUGUUACCGAGCACAGUUCCUUGAGAAGAAAAGGGCCAGAUGCCAUGACAGAGAAAAGAUGGAGGAGCUGAUCAGAUGUUGUAUUUUUCACUUCCAAAAAGCGGUGGAGCACAAACCCAAGUUUGUCUAUGCUUAUCUGGACCUUGCCGGCAUGUAUGGAGAAGCAAAGCGUCUUCAGGAAGCAGAGGAAACAUUUCAGAAAGUAUUUGCUAUGACCAGGCUAACUUGUGAAGACAAGCAGGAUCUCCACUUCUCAUACGGCCGCUUUCAGCAGUUUCACAAAAAUUCAGAAUCCGAAGCCGUGAAACACUAUCUGGAAGGGCUGAAGAUGGAAAAAGAAUCAUUUCCAAGAGAAAAGUGCAAAGUGGCUUUGAAGAAACUG